AUGGCAUACCAGCUGUUUGCAAAGAAUCAGACAAGGCCAGCGACUUCUUCGUCUUCGCUAUCUCCUCCCCCAACCAACCGCCACUCUGCGCGACCUCCCAUUCACCCUCCUCCAGUCCAGCCACCUCAAUCAGCCGUCGCAAACACGUCUGGCCCGCAACGCUCGAAAGAAGAAAUCUUUGUUCCAUAUCCUCAUGAUAUUCUAGCUGGUGUGGCAACCCCACAUCCCCAUAUAACAGUUGAGAAAGUCAACACGGCGCAUAUCCCUUCCUUGACGCGGAUCACGGGCUUACUCCUUCCUAUCCGCUACCCAAACUCGUUCUACACAGCCAUCAUAACUGAUCCGGUGGUCGCUUCUCUUUCGCGAGUUGCUAUUUAUCAUGACCACCCUGUUGCUGCAGCCCCGGGGUCCGGCGCAUCUACCGGGACCGACAAAGUGAUCGGGGGCAUUCGGUGUCGGCUAGAGAGAGUCCGACAGGCAGAGGACUCAAACAAACAGACUGAGAUCCAAGGGAACCGAGGUCCCACAAAUCUCUAUAUUCAGACUCUACAUCUUCUCUCACCAUAUCGGGGCAGUGGAGUGGCAGCAUCACUGUUGAAUUCGCUUCUCUUUGCGUCACCGCCGGACCUCAAGGGCAAGAACUCAUACCAGGUGUCCGAGCUCGUCAGACACUAUAACAUCUGCUCUGUUACAGCGCAUGUCCACGAGGCAAACGAGGAGGGGUUAGAAUGGUACAUUGCGCGUGGAUUUAAGGUUGACGGUGAUGUGGCCGAAUACUAUCGGCGACUGAAGCCGUCGGGCGCGAAGAUCGUACGACUAGAUUUGCACUGGAAUGAGGAAGAUGAAACACAUGUUCCGACCAAAACCAAUGCCCAGACUACAACUUCUCCCGGUGAAGUAGAAGACGAGGACUGGGAGAAGGUGGAGGCAGAGGAUGGCGAAGAAGGUGACCAUGGAAUACAACAUUUGAACGAGUCGCAAGUCUUUGAAAAGCAAGAUACGCCUUCGCGCAAGCGCAAGGCCGAAGACGAUAAUCAUAAGCCCCAGGUCGAGUGA